AUGCAGGGCCGCAACUUUACGCGCACAGCGCUGACGUGCUGUGUGGCAACCCUCACCUUGGUGACCUUUGUGGUGGGUGCUUCGACCGGGAAGCACCUCGAGAAUGCAAGCUGCACUUCCGACGACCAGGCGCUCUUGCAAGCAAAAGCGCUUGUAAAGGGAGGAGUUGCUACGUGCCCUGCGGAUCCCAGUGCUGACACAGAGCCUCCUGAGAUCAUCCUAGGCGAUGUUGACGUCGGAGCUCGGCUAGCCCCUGGAGAAUGCACAGCCGUUCGGACUUAUCCUGUACUCGAGGUACGCGACAACUGUCCAGGCGAUGUCACAUGGUCCUGCGUGCCACCAUCUGGCUCUUCGUUCCCUAUCGGUGACACCACAGUUACCUGCACGGCGACCGAUGUUGCUGGUAACACUGGAUCAGCAUCCCUUCGUGUUAGGGUGCAGGACCUGAAUCCGGUGCCUCCAGUCUUCGAUGUGGUGCCGAAUGACGUGUCCGUGAGCACAGACCAAGGACAGUGCGGAGCCGUUGUGAAUUUCACUGUGCCCACCGCAACAGACGACUGUCCAGGAGUGCAGGUAUCCUGUUCGCCAGAAUCGGGCUCAACGUUUUCGGUCGGUACCACCACGGUGACGUGCACCGCCACCGAUGCUGGUGGGAGCACUGCCUCGACAAGCUUUGUCGUCAAUGUCGAUGAGACGGAGCCUCCAGUCUUCGAUCCGGUGCCGGAUGAUGUGACUGUGACAGCAGACCAGGGACAGUGCGGAGCCAUUGUGGAUUAUGUGGCCAAUGCAGCCGACAAUUGUCCAGGAGUUCAAGUAGUUUGUUCGCAAGAAUCCGGCACAACGUUCUCGGUCGGUACCACCACAGUGACAUGCAACGCCACGGAUGCUUCUGGCAACAAGGCCUCGUCGGAAUCUUUCGUCGUUCCUUGGCCGUUCUCGACAAUCAUUUCCAAUGUACCA